AUGAAAAAUCCCAGUUCAUCAUUAUCAACAAUAUCAAAUUUAAAUAUUCCACAACCAAUAACAUUAAGAAUUCAUAAAGGAAAAUAUUGUCGAUCACCAUCACUUCCACCAUUAAAUUCUCAUUCACGUCGAAAUGAUUCAACAUCAUUAACAAUAUUAUUUUUUCGUCGUUUAAGAAAUCUUCGUCGAAAUCGAAAUUGGACAAGAUUUUCACGUGAACAUAAAGCAGCAAAAGUUUUAGGAAUUGUUAUGGGUGUAUUUAUUGCUUGUUGGUUACCAUUUUUUGUUUUUCUUCUUCUUACCGGAGUUUUUCAUUUACAAUUGAAAUCAAAUUAUCAACAAGAACUUUUUCGUUUAUUUACUUGGCUUGGUUAUACAAAUUCAGCACUUAAUUUUCUUGUUUAUGUUUUAACAUCACGUGAAUUUCGUUUGGCAUUUAUGAAACUUCUUUGUCCUAGAAAUUAUGUUCAACGUUCAGUUUUAAGACAUUUUAAUAAACAUCAAACACAUUUAAAUUCAAUUUAA